AAUUAGAGGAUAAUAACAGAUUAAAUAAACUAUUUGAAGAAACUGAUGAACUAAUUAAAAAUAAAGAUACAGCUAAUACAGAUUAUAAAAGUGAAGCUAAGGAUUCUAACUCUAAUUAUACUACAUUAUGGCUAUAUAUUAAUAUUU